AUGAAUUUGAAAUCCAAGUACAUUAGGCUAACAAUCUUCUCUUUUCUAGAACCAAUUGAACUAAUCCGAGUUAUAUCUAAAAUAUCUAAGACCGAUAGAGCUACUCUGCAGAAUUCUUCAUUCGUAACAUAAAGCAGACCGGUUUAAUUGACUGUACCGAGGUAGAUCUACAACUAUGAUUUAAGAUACCUUUUGGAAUUCUGCACCGAGCUAUUUGUCACUCUGAAUGUCAACAAAGUAGAUAAGGAUAAUUUGGAUAAAUUAGCAGAUAUUGACUUGAAAUAGAUCUCACUUAAAAGUGGUACUAUAUCCUAGUACGAAUAAUUCAAGGGUUUCUUGUUUAAUUGCAAAUACAUCAAACUGGAUAAGAUAUUCCUAAAGAAUAUGCUCUAUUGUUCGCGUAAAUUUGAACAAGCUCAACAAACCUCUAAGUGCUAAACAUUAGUAAUAAGAAAUUGCAAGAGAAAUAAAUCAGAUUACAUUGAAAUGAUAAGCUUUAUGAAUAACAUUAAAAAUCUAAGUCUCUCUCAGAUAGAUCAUUCAUUCUUGAGAGACUUCCUACAUAAGGUUAAUUUGUCACAAAUUGAAACGUUUUCAAAUAUAAACACAACUCUCCCUGUUUAACAACCUUCAAUUAUUAAUUAGCUAGCUCUAUUUGCACCUAGAUUUGAUUAAUUACAAAUAUUGAGUUUAUCUUUCAGUGGGGCUUUUGUUUGGGACUCACUUCCAAGACUAAUUCACGGACUACCGAGCAAGAAUUUGUAGUUAUUUUACUUAAAUAUCGUUUGGUUAAGAAUAAAAAUGCAUAAACUACUCAAACUGCCUUUUAAUAAAUUCAAAGUCUCGAAGGUAUAUUUUCAUACUCUAUUCGUAAACUGUUUGAUACAAGGACUAAUUGACAGUAAUGAACACGUGCAAAUGGACACACUAGGAUUUGAUCUUAGUUUGCUGAAAAAUAAGCAGAGGUAUGAUAGAUUUGAAUGCAUCAAGUACAGUAACAAAAUUGAUGAAAUGAGAGGAUGCUUUCAAGCUAGAGCCAAGAUUGAGAUUCUAGAUAGAUUGUCAGGCACAAGAUUAAAAAUAAAGCCUCAAAACUACUAUCUCGGUGAGGAUGAAAAGAUUAAGUCUAGAGCUGGUUAUGAUUGA